GCGGGAGCCGCGCUCGCGCCGGGUUUCCUCCCCCGUGGAACCUGCGUUGUAACUAACUGCCAGCUCGUUAGCCGAUGCGGGUUCGAUAGGACCCCAACUGUAUGCCCAGGACGUGGGCCGCGGUCCGGAAAGCCCCGCGAGCCGGCCCCUCAGCGGGCAGUGCAGGUCCUAAUCUGAAGGAGUGGCUCAGAGAGCAGUUCUGUGACCACCCGCUGGAGCACUGUGAGGACACGAGGCUCCAUGACGCAGCCUACGUGGGGGACCUGCAGACCCUCCGGAGCCUGCUGCAGGAGGAGAGCUACCGGAGCCGCAUCAAUGAGAAGUCUGUCUGGUGCUGUGGCUGGCUGCCCUGCACACCGCUGCGCAUCGCGGCCACCGCAGGCCACGGGAACUGCGUGGACUUCCUCAUCCGGAAGGGGGCCGAGGUGGAUCUGGUGGACGUCAAGGGACAGACGGCCCUGUACGUGGCCGUGGUGAACGGGCACCUGGAGAGCGCCCAGAUCCUCCUCGAAGCCGGCGCCGACCCCAACGGAAGCCGGCACCACCGCAGCACCCCCGUCUACCACGCCUCUCGCGUGGGCAGGGCCGACAUCCUGAAGGCCCUCAUCAGGUACGGGGCCGACGUGGACGUCACCCACCACGUGACCCCUGACGUCCGGCCCCCCUUCUCCCGACGCCUCACCUCCCUGGUGGUCUGCCCGCUGUACAUCAGCGCCGCCUACCACAACCUGCAGUGCUUCCAGCUGCUGCUCCAGGCUGGGGCGAACCCCGACUUCAACUGCAGCGGCCCCGUCAACACGCAGGGCUUCCACAGGGGCUCCCCCGGCUGCGUCAUGGACGCCGUGCUGCGCCACGGCUGCGAGGCGGCCUUCGUGAGCCUGCUCGUGGACUUCGGAGCCAACCUGAACCUGGUGAAGUGGGAAGCCUUGGGCCCGGAGUCCAGGGGGCGACGGAAGGUGGACCCCACGGCCCUGCAGGUCUUUCAGGAGGCCAGAAGUGUCCCAAGGGCCUUGCUGAGUCUGUGCCGUGUGGCCGUGAGGAGGGCUCUCGGCAAACGCCGGCUCCACCUGAUUCCCUCGCUGCCGUUGCCAGACCCCAUGAAAAGCUUCCUGCUGUACCAGUAGAAGGCGAGGACGUCGAGGAGGAGGAGGAGGAGGGUGGCCCUGGAGGUGACCCCGUGUGUGACCCUGUGUGUGUCCCCACACCGACUGGGCCCUGUUGAGCUGCCGGUGAAGAGAGACACGGCCGUGUUCUGGUCGGGGCUCCGGCUGCGGCCGUGGGGCAUCCCACAGCCCUUGGGUCCUUGUCAGCUGAGAGGCUCAUACAGACUUAAUUUUGUUCUUCUUCACUAUCUCUGUUUUGGAUUUUCACAAGUUGCAUAAUAAUGAAGUGAGUGCAAGUAUGGGCUGAGGUUGGAGGGCUGCUGAUACUCCCAGUAAGGAAGUCUUCUAGCACUUUCCAGAACUGUGCUUCUGUUUAUAUUUUUACUUCUCAAUUAAUUGUUUGAUUCAAGCCUUCUAAUACCUAAACAAAAAGGGAGUUUUGAUAACAGAGUACAGAAACGCAGUUCACGAACUCGCUAGUUCCUUUCCGUGCUCCCGGGGUGAACACGUGGCAUUUGUCAUACAUACACCCUUUCCUUGUCAAUUCAGUUUUCUCUCCUUGUGGUGGGAGUAUCACAUUCAUUGUCUUUAUUCUUGGAUGGUUUCCUGGCCACAGGGAUUGGCUGUGUCAUCUCAAGGUCAGUACUUGCCGUCGUUCAGAAUCUAGAGCGGUAUCCCCCAGCGUCCCACAGUGCUGUGCCUGCUCUGGUACUAACUCUGCCUGGCGCCGUGCCAGCAGGUCCCAGGAGUCCUUGGCCGUUUCACUCUGGGGAGCGUCCAGACAGUGAUCGAUUUGGGGAGGCCCCCCCGGACACGCCAGUAGUUGACUGCCUGCGUUCGGACUGAGGACCGCCCACAGCAUCCACUGCCAGCCAACAGAAGAGACCUCGGCGCUCUCUCCAGGCCCUGCGUGUCCCAGGGGAGGAGACCUCUUGCCCUUUGGAUGGGUCCAGGCUCCCAGGUGCCUGGUGUACAGUGGAAGGAACAUCUGGGACGGUUGCUUGGUUGCUCUCCACUUUUUGGACCUGAAGUCUUGGUGGUGGCAGAGAGCAGUGAGGUCAGAGGUCACCCCAGCCUGCCUGAUGGUUUCCCUGUGUCUGAAACCCGGAGUCAGGGCCCAGUCGAGCUGCAGGGUGCGCUGCUUGCUGAUGAGAAAUCCGUCUCGGAUCCCUGUACCGGCCCGCAUGCUGUCGAAGGGCAUCGUGCCCUGCUGCCCGCUGGUCCCGGGGCCACCUCCGAGAUGCCCGCGCGCCGUGUUGGGCAGUGCAGAGCCAGCGUCCCUGCGGCGGCCACCCCCGAACCCGUGGGAGACUCCUAGGAAGUUGCGAGGCUUCUCCAGACCGCCUGUGCACCCUUGGAUGUCGGCGCUGGUGCCCGCGGGGUCUUCUGGCCCAGGGCCCGCGGUUCUGCUUCUCUUCCCCUGGCCGCUUGCCAGCACUCGGUGACCAGUCCUGAGGGGCCUGGGCUCCCCGCCAGCUCGGAUCUCCCUCCUGGAAGUGGCUCCUUUGGCCACAUGACCUUCUUUCCCUGGCUCACAGAGGCCUCGCGUCCCCCUCCCCCGACGCGACUCCCUUGGUGCGCGUGCUUACGCGGUGGCGGGUUCACGUCCCAGGAGGGCUCCACGGGAGGCGCAGGCCGUGCCGAGGACGCUGUAAGCCCCCGGCAGGUAGCGAACGCUGGGGACGCGAGGCGGGGGCAGGGGCUUCUGUUGCCUUAAAAUGUCGUCGGUUGCUCAGUGCCUGGGAUGCAGGGGGACCCCUCCUUUUUAAAGUUACUUUGAUUUCAGAUUUCUACCAAGUAACGUAUGAACGUGCACAAAUUCAGUUCGAGUGUGAUAUUUGUGAGCGCAGCUCUUGCGUGUGUAAACCACAGUUUGCUGCCGUGACCGAGCCGGCGGUGUCCCGCUCCGCCUGCGGGCUUUGCACAGUGGCCCCCCCGGCCCCCCGCUGCUUCUUGGUGUUGGGCACGUGAGGUGCGACCUGCUCCGGGGCCCAUGUCCCUGUGGACUUCCGAAGGGACUGACCGCAGACCCCCAGCGUCUCCUUUCGGCUGUGGCGAUGAGCGCGGGUUCGGCCACCGUGAGUGGGUGAAGAGCUGUUGAAAGUGCAUGGACACCUUUGGCGCGUUGCUGUGACUUUCCUAGACGCUUUAUUCCCCUGUGAUUCCUCCCGAAUGCCUUAAUUUUGUGGACUGCUUAUCUCAAUGGGUGGCCGAGGUGGCCGUGCGAAGCCUUUGUGUGUGCGUCUCAGGUAGAAGCCGCUGGCUCUCCGGACAGUCGGAUGAGCUGGAGAGAGGGCCUUGUACAAAACGGGAGUUUGAAACCGCUCUGGGGGACCCCGGCGCCCUCGGGAGGCACCCACAGUGUGGCUCAGGGUUAAACUGCGGGAUGAGCCUCUUUUACUUAGGGGGGUUUCUGGUUUGAAGAGAGCGUGCCUCUAAAAGCGUUUGCAACCCACGGCUUUCAAGGGUGGUGACAGUGUUCCUGUGGGGUGAGGACGUGGCGUUUCGAGCCCCCAUUCUGUGUGACUUGUUUUGAAAGUGGGAGGGUGAGGUGUGAAGCUUUGGGAUGAACCGGGGAAUGAACGAGCUGAAUAAAGAUCAUUCCUCUCUCCACGAA